CAUAGACUUCCGGUAAAGGGAAAAGGUUUUUCAACGUUUGUUGUAAACCAGGCUGAUCAAAAUGCCGAAGUAAGUGUUUUAUCUUUUGACUCUCAGUUGCAUAUUUCAUCCAUUAUAAAGGGAUUUUACCUUAAUGAACACUGGACAUGUAUAUCUAAUAGAUGUUCAGAACUAAUGGAAGUUAGUUGUCUAAUUUAAUCGGCUUCAGCCAGAGCUUCAAUCCUGGGAAGGAAGUGUAGCCAGUAGCAGCAGUAUGAUCAUUCAUAGCAUACCUGUUUUGCUCCCUGAUCAUACUUUUAUUUGGUUCUGUUAUGGGAGCUGAAACAUUUGCUCUGACGAUUUUGUCCAGAGGUGUAGAGGUUUUUAUACUCUGGUUCUACCUACAUUGAUGAAGUUGAUCUAGCACUCAAUGUCUGUUUAUCCAUCAGGUUUUAUUGUGACUACUGUGACACCUACCUAACUCAUGACUCGGUAAGUCUGCACAACAUUGCUAGUAGAAGUGUUUCCUGAUUGUAUGUGGUUGAUUCUGUCUUGAAGCCACAUGUGAUGAGUAUUUAUUCUCUAACCUUAUUGUAUAUUCAGAUUGUUUCAAGGUCAACAUUGAUGACUGUUCUGUGUUUGGUAGCCCUCUGUGAGGAAAACACACUGCAGUGGCCGCAAACACAAAGAAAAUGUAAAAGACUAUUACCAGAAAUGGAUGGAAGAACAAGCACAGAGCCUCAUUGACAAAACAAGUGAGUAACACAAGAAAAAUACAUACUUUGACCAGUCUUUUUUACCUUGACGUGUUCAGCCACCAUGACCAUCUUAGGUGAAGAGGGGCCGGAAGGCUAUUAUGUCAGGAGUUCUAACUAAUUUUGUUUCUCUUAGCUGCUGCCUUCCAACAAGGGAAGAUGCCCCCAACACCAUUCCCAGGAGCCCCACCUCCAGGGGGUGCCAUGAUCCCGCCACCAAACCUCAGUAAGGGCACUAGCGCCAUGUACAUUUCAGUUAGUAUGCAAAGAGCACAUCCAAGCUCGACCAAAUUCCUCAGUUGGAGAGUAAAUCUUACCACUCAUUUACAAAAAUGACUUUAUAUACACAAAUAUUUUGCCACUAAUAAAAGGUCUGAGUUUCCUGGUAGUUAUUGUUGUUGAUGAUGUUUUACCAAUAGAUGGCCCACCACGUCCAGGGAUGCUACCAACACCCCAGAUGGGUGGUCCUCCAAUGAUGCCCAUGAUGGGCGGAAUGGGACCACCCCCACCUGGAAUGAUGGGUGGACCAGGUAGGAUAACCUCAAACGGUUAUUUAUGUGAUAUACAGUGCAUUCGGAAAGUAUUCAGACCCCUUGACUUUUUCCCCAUUUUGUUACAUUACAGCCGUAUUCUAAAAUUGAUUAAAUAUUUUUCCCCCUCAAUCUACGCAUGAUACCCCAUAAUGACAAAGCAAAAACAGGUUUAGACAUUUUUGAAAAUAUACACUACCGGUCAACAUUUUUUGAACACCUACUCAUUCAAGGGUUUCUUUAUUUUUACUAUUUUCCACAUUGUAGAAUAAUAGUGAAGACAUCAAAACUAUGAAGUAACACACAUGGAAUCAUGUAGUAACCAAUAAAGUGUUAAACAAAUCUAAAUAUGUUAUAUUUGAGAUUCUUCAAAUAGCCACCUUUUGCCUUGAUGAUAGCUUUGCACACACUUGGCAUUCUCUCAACCAGCUUCACCUGGAAUGCUUUUCCAACUGUCUUGAAAGAGUUCCCACAUAUGCUGAGCACUUGUUGGCUGCUUUUCCUUAAUUCUGCGGUCCGACUCAUCCCAAACCAUCUCAAUUUGGUUGAGGUUGGGGGAUUGUGGAGGCCAGGUCAUCUGAUGCAGCACUCCAUCACUCUCCUUCUUGGUAAAAUAGCCCUUACCAGCAAAGCACCCCCACACCAUAACACCUCCUUCUCCAUGCUUUACGGUGGGAAAUACACAUGCGGAGAUCAUCCGUUCACCCACACAACGCCUCACAAAGACACGGCGGUUGGAACCAAAAAUCUCCAAUUAGGAGCAAUGGACAUUAGACCAGUUGAAACGUGUCCUUUGGUCUGGAGUCCAAAUGUAAGAUUUUUGGUUCCAACCGCCGUGUCUUUGUGAGACAAUCCCCCGACCUCAACCCAAUUUGAGAUGGUUUGGGAUGAGUCGGACCGCAAAGUGAAGGAAAAGCAGCCAACAAGUGCUCAGCAUAUGUGGGAACUCCUUCAAGACUGUUGGAAAAGCAUUCCAGGUGAAGCUGGUUGAGAGAAUGCCAAGAAUGUGCAAAGCUGUCAUCAAGGCAAAGGGUGGCUAUUUGAAUAAUCUCAAAUAAACAAAUAUUUUGGUUACUACAUGAUUCCAUAUGUGUUAUUUCAUAGUUUUGAUAUCUUCACUAUUAUUCUCAAUGUAUUUCUGUUUUUUUUAUUUUUAAUACAUUUGCUAUAAUUUCUAAAAACCUUUUUUCGCUUUGUCGUUAUGGGGUGUUGUGUGUAGAUUGCUGAGAAAUAAUUUAAUCAAUUUUAGAACAAAGCUGUAACGUAACAAAAUGUGGAAAAAGUCUAGGUGUCUAAAUACUUUUCGAAUGCACUGUACAUACAUAGACUCAAACAAGGGACGAGUGUGCUUCAGAGUUUGCCAGUAUUGAGGAAACGUACUACCAUCUUAAACUAAAUAGUAUCAUCUGAAAACAGGAAUGAUUAAAACCAUAACCUGUAAAUGCUUUCUUUCCUACAUUCUCAGGUAUGCGACCUCCAAUGGGUGGCCGAAUGCAGAUGAUGCCUGGACAUCACAUGAUGCGACCUCCCGGUCACCCAAUGAUGAUGCGGCCAAUGAUGGCACGGCCAGACCGAUAAACUCUCCCCGACUCCCUCAAACACACACUGUGGGUUUGUUCCACAUGAUCAGUAAAUCUUAUGUUCUCACUUCUCCCCUAAAGUAAUUUGAUUAGGGAAAUCUAUGGUUGAUUAAGUUGGUCUAAAAUAUUUCAUGAAGUCGCUGACAAGUGCCACAGUCCUCACAUGUAUCCACUUGAUCUUAGAAUCAUUGUUAAUUUUAUGUCAAACUACAAAGUAGAUUUGAAGGUGAGGAACAGAUUCUGUGGAACUAACCUUUUGGCAAAUCCCUCCCCACUCUACAGCUGUCUCUUGGACUUCACUUUACAUAAUACUGUUUUGGUCAUCAUUUCUUUGCUGUACUCUCACCCAUUUUCCCUGGAUGGAUUUCAUUUUUAUUAUGCUACAGAUUUUAUAACGAUCCCCUCUACUCAUUCCAAUUUCCCUGCUCAUCAUUGUUAGUUUGGUGUCUUGGCACAUGCUAAAGACAACAGGAACGUAUGAAAAGGUUGUUGAAUGUGUUUCUAUCAUUCACCUAGAAGUGUAUUAAGUUCUAUGUUUUUAUUUUCAGUUGGCAGUACCAGUACGAUGAAGCAUUGUAUCAACUGUUUAAAAAAAAUAGCUGAUGCUAUUGACUGUGAAUUUAUUUUAUAACGGUCUAUUAAACGAAAAUGAUAACUU